AUGGCGGCGUUCGCGCGGCGCAAGGCGCAGCGGCUCGCGCGGCCGGACCCCAGCCGGAAGCGCGCGCUGGACGCGCGAGCCGCGGAGCUCGCGCGGCUGCUGAACGCGCGCGAGAGCUUCUGCACCACGAGCUCGUGCGACGGGAGGGUGAUGGUGACGGACACAGACGGCAUGGGCAUCCAGAAGAAGAACUGCACGUGGCUCCUGGUAACACAUGACCCGUGUGUCAAAGGCGAUGUGAUGACAGCACUGAAGAAAGCCACUGGGGAUGCUGUGUUCAAGUUUGAACCAUUUGUUCUUCACGUGCUGUGUCGAGAGCUGCAGGAUGCGCAGCUGCUGCAUUCAGUGGCUAUUGACUCUGGGUUCAGGAACUCUGGUAUUACAGUUGGCAGAGGAGGAAAAAUCACAGUGGCUGUGCGGAGCACUCACUGCUUAGAAGUUCCAUUGAGCCACAAAGGGAGAUUGAUGGUCUCUGAAGAAUAUAUUGAAUUUCUGGUACAUGUAGCCAAUCAGAAAAUGGAAGAAAACAUAAGGAGGAUUGACAGAUUCCACAAAGGCCUGGAGCUGGCUCUGGAGGCUGCUGUGCCCGCAGACACCUUGUUUCCCGAGGGGCCAGACAAGAGCCACUCUGUGUACGUGCAUAGAAGAAAGAGACGGACUGCUCGGGAACAGGCUGAUCCCAGCAGAGAGCUGGAACCCCAGGAUGAUACUGAAAGCAGUCUUGGUCUGUUGGCUGAAAUCAUGAUAUAGACUAAGACAUUUGAAAGCAAAUGGCAAACUGAAAAAGUUAUUGUAAUGCUCUUUUUAAGAGAUUUAUGUUCUCCUGUGCUCCAAGUAGUAAUAUUCUCAUGGACAUAGACCAGAAAAAAAGGUAACUAACAGAAUAGUGAGCAGGACACAGAGAACAAAGCCAUAGAAUGUUUUGGGAGUUUUUAAAGUGUACUGUUAAAUUAACAAAGUGGUACUCCAUCAGUUAUCUUAGAAAUAACUGGUUUGCUGCAGCUUUUCACUGUGUUCUGUGUGGCAGCAUUUCACUUACAACUUCUGUGUUUUGCAGAGCCAGCUGGCUCUGCAGGUGUCUCCUUCAGGAAGGGGAAGACAGGCAUUGAAGACUGAAGACCAUCCAGUACAUGCGGUGGAAAUUGCUCAGAAACCUUCCAAAGUAGCGCUGUGUGCACCAGUGUCAGGCCUCAUGUGCGUUUGGGCGGACUGGCUAAAGUAUGACUCAACCCAGGGGCGUGAUUUCUAACAGUGCAGAGCUGCUGGCCAGGAGCUGUGAGAACAAAACUGGAGUCCCACAGCCCGUGGGGCAGCAGGCAGGUGGGGGAGCAGCCCACAGCAGGACAAGGCACAGCAGCUCCUCAGGUGUGGGGACAUGGCUUCUGCCGCAGGUGGUACUGCAGCAUUGUUGGCAUGCGGGCUUGUGUCAGACCUUCCUCUCCGCUCUGAGGGUCAACUGCCUGUCGGGACUGAACUGAAACUCCAGGGCUUCCAUCAACAAAAAGCAGCAUCUUCCUCCAUGCAGAGGAUCCUCCCAAGCUGCUGCCUUAGCAAAGCCCUGGGGAACCCCUGUUGCCAUCCCCACUGCUGGGAGUCCCACUAUUCCUGCAGAUCCCUCUUCACCACCUGGGGAGCACGUCUUGCACACAGAGGAGGUAGUUGUUGCUUGUGGAUUUCAGGGAGUUUGUUCAGAAUAGUCUGAACCCUCCUCUGCAUGUGACAUUUCUUAAAAUGUCUAGCACUGGUCUGUUGGACAUGGCUCAAGGGACUGAUGGCACCAGCACCAACCACAAGCAGUGCCCACAGACCCUGUAACAGCCCAAACCCUCACCCUGUGUAACAGCACUACAGUAUUUACAUUCUGAGAAAUAGGUUGUCAGAAACUGAUCCCACAUUCCUCUGAAAAAUGAUAAAAACUUCAGGAAGACUUUUUGGCGUCUUAACACAAAAAUGUUAUCCUAACCCCAUCCAAGGCUGCAGAGGGUGAUGCUGAGGAGGUGUCUGGGACCAGCAACGCCUUCCUCCGUGCACCACUGCCCUUACACCUUGCCCCAUGCUCACCCAAGUUGCACCAGCUCAUUUUGAGGUUAAUUUUAUCAAGCUGUGUUUUAUUUCCAGCUGCUGUAUGGGAUUCUGUUGGGCUGUCAGUGUGGGAAUUGAGGCAGCAAUUGGGAAGAGCAUCCAGAGGCAGCUGGAGGCAGCACCCUUGAAAAGGGGAUUCUGGGGCUUAUGGCUGCAGGGAAAUUCACCAAUAAGCAACAAGACUCCUAAAACUGUCAAAUUUUUAUCAUUUGUAGGUGUGCUUAGCCACUUAAUUAAUCUAAAAGGUAUUUUUAUACUUGCUCUCACUGUGUUAAAUUUUUUUUUAAAUUACAGUUUCACUACCUGUGUACUCAGUUUUCCAGGGGACACAGAUGGGUUCAUUCACUCCAGGAACCGAUUGUCAUUUCUCACCCCGUAGCAUUUCACAUCCACACCAGGAAACUACUCAAACCAGCGCCACAGCAUUCCCUGUGGCUGUGCCACAGGUUCCCAGCCAGUUGUGCUCCCCAGCGCAUCAUGCACUUGGGCACAAAGUCCCUUGACCCAUUCGCUGGGAUAAUUCUGUACAUGCAAAUCACAAGUGUUCGCUUGAAACAGCUUCCUCUGAAAUUCAGAUACUUAAAAUGGUUUACAAGAGCAUGGCAGUAACAGCUGCAGAGUGCAGUGAAAUCCGUGUUCUCACAUGGGGUUAAACAUCUCCAGACCAGGGUGGCUUUGCACCUCUCACCUUCCACUCCUGCCAGGGCUUCACUUGGAUUUAACCAGGUCUCAAUUUAAUUUAAUCAGUCUCAAGUUUUUGAAUUUAUCAUAUUAUAUGUAUAAUGCACUGGAGGCUUAGCAGCUCUUCAGUACUUUUGGUUACUGAAAAUACACAAUUAUUUUGUAAUAUCUUGUGAAUUUUAUUUUACAUAGUGGGAUAUUAUGGGAGAUAUUUCACUUCUGAUCUAACCAUAUUUGAAAGUACCCCAGGGGAACAUGCUGGGUGGUUUUUUUUGAAAAGGUAUGUCUUUAAAAAAAUUGUGCCUUUAGAAAUUAUAUACAUACCUAAA